AACCUUGUUUGCUAGCAGUGUCGAUAAACAUUUUUACGGACAGAGAAAGAUAAAAGAAAUUUUCAUAAAAUUAAAUUUCAAUAAUGUCAAUGUCAUUUGUGAUUUAAUUGAAAUAGGAUAUUUCGGUUUUACCUAUUGUACACACAUACCGACCGACCGGCAGUUGCACUUGCAUCUUGAUUCGUACAACAUGUACGUCUUUCAAUGAGAGCAAACAUAUAUAUGUAUCAGCCAAAUUAAACAAACUGGAUAAAAAUGGAUAAGAAGAUCUCGUCAACUUCACAGCCGCGCAUUUUGAAGAAGAAGCAUUUUCGAGUUAAGCAUCAGAAAGUAAAACUAUUUCGAGCUAAUGAACCGAUUCUCAGUGUAUUCAUGUGGGGCAUAAACCAUACUAUAAAUGAAUUAAGUCAUGUGAACAUACCAGUAAUGUUGCUGCCAGACGACUUUCGGGCAUAUUCCAAAAUUAAAGUCGAUAAUCAUUUAUUUAACAAAGAGAAUAUGCCGUCACAUUUCAAGGUAAAAGAAUACUGUCCUUUAGUAUUUCGGAAUUUGCGUGAACGCUUUGGUGUUGACGAUGUGGACUAUCGCGAGUCCUUGACUCGAUCACAACCUCUGGCAAUCGACUCAUCGGGAAAGUCGGGAGCACAAUUUUAUCAAAGCUAUGAUAAAUUCUUUAUAAUUAAGAGCUUAAAUUCCGAAGAAAUUGAACGCAUGCAUGCCUUUCUUAAACAUUACCAUCCAUACGUUGUUGAACGGCAUGGAAAGACCCUGCUGCCACAAUAUUUGGGCAUGUACAGGAUUACUGUGGAGAGUGUGCAGUAUUAUUUUGUUGUUAUGCGAAACGUUUUUAGCUCCCAGCUAACUAUACACAAAAAAUUUGAUUUGAAAGGUAGUACAGUGGAUCGUGAGGCUUCGGAAAAAGAGCUUGAGAAGCAUCUACCCACAUAUAAAGACAAUGACUUCAUAAAGCAAAAGGUCAAGUUAGAGAUUGGAGAAGAACCCAAGAAGAAAUUGUUGGAUACUCUAAGCAAUGAUAUUGAUCUCCUAAUCAAGUUGCACAUUAUGGACUACUCUCUACUUGUUGGUAUACAUGACUGUGUGCGAGCUGAGGAAGAGGCUCUUCAUGGGGACAAUACGUUGGCCACUGGACGCAGUGAGAAUAGCGAGAGCGAAGAGUGCGAUAGUGGUGAACGCUGGACGUAUAACACACCACCAGAUUCCCCCAGAGGUGCACAAUAUAAGGAAGUUGUAUAUGAAGUCGACAUUUACGCCAUUCCAAGUAUUGAAGAAAGACGAGAGAUCUAUUUUAUAGCUAUAAUCGAUGUUCUCACGCAAUACGGUGUUAAGAAGCAGGCAGCAAAAGCGGCAAAGACAGUUAAAUAUGGUAGUAAUGUUGAUGGUAUAUCAACAUGUGAUCCUGAACAAUAUGCCAAAAGAUUCCUGGAAUUUAUGGAUAAAGCUAUAGAAUAAGAUAAUAACUUGUAUUUGCCACAUUAAAAUCAAUCAUGUAUACAUAUAA